UACCCUCCAGCGGCAAGCAGAAUUAAGAGAGGGGAAAUCCCACCCUCGACUCUUUGGACUUUGGAUCUCGAGACGAAGAGAAGACAGACGCCGAAGACAUGUUUAGGAACCAGUACGACACGGACGUGACGACAUGGAGCCCGGCGGGGCGUCUGUUCCAGGUGGAGUACGCCAUGGAGGCCGUCAAGCAGGGGGCCGCCGCCGUCGGCCUUCGCUCCACCUCCCACGUCGUCCUCGCCACCGUCAACAAGGCCGCCUCCGACCUCUCCUCCCAUCAGCGCAAGGUCUUCAAGAUUGACGACCACAUCGGCGUGGCCAUCGCCGGUCUCACCGCGGACGGUCGUGUUCUUUCCCGCUACCUCCGCAACGAGUGCAUCAACCACGCCUUCGUCUACGAGUCUCCCCUCCCCGUAUCCCGCCUCGUCGUCCGCCUAGCCGACAAGGCCCAGGUCUGUACACAGCGUUCUUGGAAAAGGCCCUAUGGUGUGGGUCUGCUUGUUGCUGGAUUAGAUGAAACUGGAGCUCACCUCUACUACAACUGCCCCAGUGGAAACUAUUUUGAGUACCAGGCAUUUGCGAUUGGAUCCCGCUCCCAAGCUGCAAAAACUUAUAUGGAGCGCAGAUUUGAGGCUUUCGACAACUAUUCCCGUGAUGAACUGAUCAAAGAUGCAAUUUUUGCCAUCAGGGAGACACUGCAAGGAGAAAAGUUGACCAGUUCCAUCUGCACUGUUGCUAUUGUCGGAAUCGACGAGCCAUUUCAUGUGAUUGAUCAGAAGAUAAUACAGGAAGUAAUUGAUUCAGUGGAGAUUAAAGAAGAUGCUGCUGCUGCUGCAGAUCAGGCUCCCGCACAAGAUGACGACAAGAGCUCAGAGGCUGCUCCAAUGGAUAUUUGAUCGGGACAGAUUUUAAACAGAGCGGUCGUAACUUUUGCAGUUGCAACAUUUCAUCUCUACAUGGCUCAUGCUUGAACGCAUCAUGAUGUUUAAUGUUAAACGGAACAUGUGCUUUACGAAUACCUUGCAAUUUGGUUUUGGGUUGGCAUUAGAGCUAGCUUUUGGACAAUUAGAAUAUUGGAUCAUGCUUUCAGAAGUUAAGACUAUGCUAAGGAUGUUCAUUUGGCA